AUGUAUUCGAUGUUGGGCUGGUGCAACGGCGGAUGCACCGCGAUGAUCGCGGCGUCCAGGGCCGCAGAUCGGGUCGACAUGGUGGUGUGCAGCUGCAACGCUUACGUCACGGCCAGAGACCUCGAAUUCUACGAGACGACACGCGACGUCCACGGCUGGCCCGACGCGAGACAUUUGCAAUUCGAAAUGUACGGCGAGCAGUACGUGUCGGCAGGCACGUAG